CAGCGGUGAAGCAGUCACAGUUUAACUCAUCAGGCCAAAAAGACACCACGUGUUGUUGAGCUAUGAAAGAAUAUAUUAAAAUAAAGAUGAAAUCCACAAGAAAAUGUCAGGAAAUUCAUGGAAAUAUAAUUGGCAAACUCCUUUUAAAUAGCUGAAGGUUAAACGUGACCGAAAAAAUGUGCGGAUCUUGACCAGCGUGGCAAUUGAACCAUGAAGUCUCAUUUUGAGACUUCUUAGGACCAACGUGGAACCGUUCAGGCGAUAAAAUUGCUGUACCCUAAUACAAUGGCCUCAAAAUAAAUCUUCCUCCAUAAGUGAAGGCGGAACUGGAUACAUCUAAUGGAUCAACCGAAAAUAUAGAAUUCCCACAAAUGGGAAUUGGGACCGGAUUUUCAAAUGGAUCAACCGAAAAAGAAGAAUUCCCACGAAUGAAAAGGGUGAACCGGAUAUCUCAAAUGGAUCAACUGAAAAAUUAAAAUUCCCACGAAUAGUUCCGUUCCAUGAUGACAAAAAUCGGAUGAAUAAUGUCAACAAUAUAUUUUAAACGUAAACAUAAAGGAGAAAAUAAAUAGAAUUACAAGAACCUAACUGUCUAGUAGACCUAAGUCAAACUCAUGACAAAACUCUGUCCAAAUCAAUGUUCAAUUGACAUCCAGGCUUAAAUAAAUUUUGAAUAUGUACAAAAAAAUGAGAUUCCGUUCACUGAAGAAAAUCUGGCCGAAAAAGAAGAAGGAGCUACUAACUAUGAUUUCUGUUUUUUGCGUAGUGCUCGCGAUUUACUAUAUACUCAUGGAGAUAGUGCUGCCGGAGUUGUCGGAUUAUGGGACACCCAUUUACAUAUUUCAACGGGUUUUGGCGGUGUUUUUCGCCUCUAAUAUAUUGUCAAACUUUGUCAUGUGCAUACUGGUGGAUUCAACCAUCGAUCCCAAGUGUAUGAGGGAUCAAUUGGAGCGGGGAAGACACAAUGAGGACUGGCACAAGUGCGAUGUGUGCCGGAUCUUGGCACCACCUCGAGCAAGUCACUGCAAUUCGUGUGAUGUAUGUGUCCUAAAGCGAGAUCAUCACUGCAUUGUUACAGGUUGCUGCAUUGGCCAUGCAAACUAUAGAUACUUCUUCUAUUUCGUAAUCUAUUUGUUUCUAAGCUGCCUGAUCUCUUUAAUAUCAUCUUGUAUCUUUAUCUAUGUUCUACGCGGAGGGAGGUACAAAUUCAGAUUGCUGCACAUGCCAGCAUCGUAUUUUAAUAAAAAACAUUUUGGCAAUAACGAUCUCGAUGUGCCCUCUAACAUUAUGGAAAUAUUGGAUUUCGGACUUCCUGGUAGACACGAGCUUGUGUUCGCAGCCGCGUUCGCUAUGAUUUGGAUCGGGAUUUGUGGAGCUGCCUAUAUGAUUAUGGAGCACUGGUCCGUCAUCAAAAGUGGAUCAAUAUGUAAUGAGUUUAAGUUUCAGAACUUUCUGUAUGAUCGAGGACUGCGUCGAAACUUUGAGUCGUUUUUGGGGAGACGCAUGAAAUGGACCUGGAUUUCUCCAUUUAUACCAAGCCCGCUGCCCCACGACGGAUUCCAUUGGGAGCCCACAGAUGGGGAUAAAAGUGGUGACGAUCGGUCUUCGGAAAAAAUCAUUUAAUGAUAACUGAUAAAUGCUAUGAUACCUACAUACAUACAUGAUUUUAUUUUUGAAAUUGAUGAUAAUAUUGCUAAAUAACU